AUGCCAAAGACAUCCCAAACAGUACCAGGAACAACAGGACCACGAUCCUGGGCCAACGUAGCCGCGGCAGGCGGACCCGUAGCGAUAAACACGCCAAAAGUAUUCGUGCCGGGGCGGAUCCAGCGGGAGGUCAUCAUUCGAAACUCUGGAAGCAUCCCAGAGAUGACGAAGAGGACGGCCAUCGAAACGGUACAAGCGGUGAACAUGGCGAUUGGCGUACAGGAAGCGGUAGCAGCCCGCCGACUUCCCAGCGGGGACGUCGCGGUUACGUUCCUUAAUAUGGCAAACAAGUACAAGGAGGGGACAGCAGCGUGGAUUAGAGUGGCCUUUGGGGCAACGGCAGAACAGUCGAGCCGUGAAUUCACAGUGAUAGCGAAAGGUCUUCCGCACCGCAUUUUGCGGGAGGCUCACACAAAGCUGGAAGAGCUUCUAAAAGAGAUACAGCAGUAUGCACCAAAGAUUGGGAAAAUGCACCCCAUCUUCCCAAGAAACCCGGAGCACCGACACGCAACAUUAGUGCUACGGGUGAAUGACAUAACGGAGGCCCAAAAGCUAUACGAGCAAGAGCUGGUAUAG